AAAGAAUAAAAAAAAGGUGAAAGAAGAAGAGGAAGGAGAACAAAGAAAAAAUACAAUCGAAAGAUAGAAAAUAGUAGCAACAAGUAGUUAGAAGGGUUAGACAAAAUCAAAGGUGGUGAGACAGGUAUUUGGAUAAUAGUGGCGGGAGGUUGGUGGUGACUUACGAGAGUCAAAGUGUUUUCAUAGGCGGGAAAUUUAAAAAAUCGAAGGUCAUAUCGUCGUCAUCAUUCUCCUCAUCGUUCAUAGUUGUCACAUAGUCGUUGUUAUAUGUUAAUAUCAUUGUGGUAGAAGAGAAAGCCGACUAGUGGUUAUCGAUUGGUCUGCGACUUCAAGAGGAUGCACCCUUCUGAGUUUAACCUCGCAGUCACGUGCCAAGAGGCGGUGCUGAGGAUCGGAACGAGCGCAUAGGGCGAAGGGGGGGGAGGUGGCAAACGAGUAAGCAAGCUAGCAAACCAACCCCCCAUUGCUAACGUUCAAACGAAAAAGGGUGGAAAGCUGAAAGCUGAAAACCGGCUUUUCCCGGUUACACCGUCAAACCGUUGACGUCGUCUCCGUCGUAGUUGUGGAAAAUCGAUUGGGUGUACUCGGCCUACCCCACCACCACCACCAAUCCACCCUCUCAUCCUUUGCUGCAACCAUUCUCCAUCUAGUGCAAUGACCUCCAAACCAGGAAGGUCCUACAGCGUAAGGUCUCCACGCGUAGGAGGACCCCUCUCGCAAUCGUUAGCAAUGAUUCCACCGACUAUGCAUGGUCACGAGUUCAACCAACCCUUGUCGAGGGUUGUUAUGGUCCGUAAAACGGAUCAGAGAACUUUCAGUAAGGGUAGACGUGGUGGUGAACCUCUCUUGGAAACCGUAACCAGGGAAACCGUCGAAUUGUUCAACGGUGGCAGAGCUGAAAGAAAAUAUACUUCUGAAACUAGAGACAUCGUAACGCCAAAGUCAAACAGUAUGCCCUCGCUCAGCGUCAGUGGAACGAAAAAGAAGGUGGUCGGUUUUGUCGACCAGCUGUCGCCCGAAAGGUCGAGGACAGAAUCGGUUAGAUCUAAAUCACCUUUGACUGCGUCACCAGCAUCUCCAGGACCACUUUCAAAUUCAUUACACGGCAGUUUUCACGGUAGUUUAGGAAGCGAUGGCAUGUCUUGCAGCAGUGCAAGGUCUUCCUCUGCUUCACCUGAUUCUGCUAGAUAUUCCUCUUCACAGAUAACAAAGACUGACACGCGUAAACCAUCUGUGCGUAGAUCAGGACCACCAAAGGAAUUCAUCAAUAUGUGCUUGGAGACACACAAUUAUUAUCGGAUUCGACAUGGUGUACCACCUUUGCGACUUAGCAAACAGUUAUGCAAGACCAGCCAAGAUUGGGCAAAUAUUUUAGCAGCUAGGGGUAGAUUAGAACAUAGGGCUAACAUAGAUUAUGGUGAAAAUCUUUAUUGUAUGUGGAGUUCCAAUCCAAAGACAGUUGUUGGUGGUGAUGAGCCUGUAAACGAAUGGUAUGCUGAGGAAGCUUUACAUCAGUAUGGGAAGGAACCCACUACUUUAAAAACCGGUCAUUUUACUCAAGUAGUAUGGAGAGACAGUACUGAGUUAGGUGUUGGCAUGGCAAGGAAUAGAAACGGGGAAGUUUACGUUGUAUGCAAUUACAAUCCAGCUGGUAACUUCUUAGGUAGCUUUACGGAUAAUGUUCUUACACCUGGUGGCACUAGUCCAAGCAAAAGGAUAUCCUUUUCAAAAAGUCAAUAUACAUUAGACGAACAGGCCUGGCAACAAGAGGCCUUGUUAGUUCACAACGAAUACAGAAGGAGGCAUCGUGUACCUGACUUGAGGUUAAGUCCUGAAUUAACAGCAGCUGCUAAGGCAUGGGCCAAUACGCUGUUGAAUACAAAUAAACUGAUACCGCAAUCUUCCUCACCUUAUGGAGAAAAUAUUUACUCAAUGCAAUGUUCCGAUCCAAAAUUGGUAGUAUCAGCACGUGAAGUUGUAUCUAAAUGGUAUUCCGAGAAAAAGGAACAUAAGUUUGGUACGGAACCGAAGGUUCUUAAUACCUGUCAUUUCACACAAAUCGUAUGGAAAAACACGACUGAAAUGGGUAUAGCUAUGGCAAAAAGGGAUGGAACGUGCGUUGUUGUUGCGUGUUAUCACCCAAGGGGUAAUAUCGUUGGACAGUUUACGGAAAACGUUCCUAAACCUGUAAAGAACGUCUAGUCCGAAUUUGUCGGAAAAAAAAGAACAAAAAAUUCUGUCGAUAAUGUAUUUAAGGGCUGUAUUUAUAUAUAUAUAUAUAUAUAUACAUCGUGCAUAGAGAGACGACAAUACGCAUAAUUUAUGUAUAUAACACACGCGUGUGCAUAUACGUAGAAUAAACAUUCCACGUAAACUAUUAUUUCUCCGUCCCUUCUUUUUUUUUUGUUUGAUUAAUUUUUUUUUUCGUUUAUUUUAUUAAU